UACAAAUCCACCGCGUGCUGCCGGGGGAACGACCAACGAUGAUGCUCUUAGUGGAGUAGAUCAAGAAUUUUUAUGCGGAGGAAAGGAUGCAAACGCCGGCACAGGCUCCUCGGAUGGGAAAGACCAGCGCGUACCGAGAGAUCAUGAUGCGACACAGCAGUCGCAAUCUUUCGCUACGCUGGCACCUGGUCCUAAAUCACUUACGAAUCAUCCGACUGUGUUCGCGGGAGCAGGCAUGGAGGCAAUCUCGGAAGAGGUCACCAGCAUUGAUGAGCGGAUUUCGACGAGUACUCCUCAGAAGAAUGUUCUCGAUCUCGCUACAGAUGGAACAACGGGCACAGACCCUGCAGUGGAGGAACGCAAACAGGUGGGAGGGGCUGAAACACCACCAGGCGCAGAGCUACUAGCAUCCGGAUCGUUGAGUGAUGUUGGUAGUGACUCCGGGAAUCCUGCCGCAAAUAAAUCCACUUUAGGGGCAGCAGGCCGCAAAACGCAUCCAAAUAUUGCAGCCAAAAUGGCAGUAUUCGAGCAGAGCAGUUCUUCGCUAGAAGGCAAAUUUGUUGCUGCCGUGCGAAGUAGGGGUUCGAGAUCAAGGGAUGCCUCGCCAGGAUCUCUUUCGUCGACAGGCUCUGCCGCGCACGAGUCUGAAGGUGCUAGCGCCACGUCAGCAGAAGCAACUGGCAGUGGCGAUGUUGCGCUAAAAAGUCCCUCGGAAGCGGAGCAAACUGCCGCGACAGGAGAUCAAGGCGAAACCGAAGAUGCAGAACGCAGUUCGACUGUAAGACACGACGACUCACCGGCUAGUGGAACCGGAACCCGAACAACGCCUGGUGCCGAGUCAAAUGUGGGCACGCUCGACGCAGAGGCUCCAGGACCACCUCUGGAAAAUGCGCUUGGGUCGAAUGACCCUCAAGAGGGCGAUGGUUCAACGGUAAAGCCUGUUGUGCAUUAUGGGGCAGCGACUGCAGGCUCUUCUCUCUUGUUGGAACCUAAGCAAGCGGAUGUUGACGCUCCUUCUUCGCAAAUAGGUGGAGAAUUUGGAGGGGGCCAAAAACCAGACGAUGCAGGCAGUGACUUGGCACAGAUACUUCCUAUGCAUGCAGCUCCUGCAGGUGAUGAAGUUGGUUCUUCAGAGGCACAGCCACUUGUAUCUCCACCGGAUGACGACAAAGGACAAGCUAAGAAUCGACCUCCGCCAGUCUCGACUGUUGAAUUUGACCUCAGCGGCCUUUCGAUCGCGGAGCAGCCGCGAGAUCAUACUGCAGUUCCAGUCUCACCGCACUUUUGCGGCGGUCCGUCCAGCAGCUCACAACAAGCGCUUUUCUUGCCCUUGGGGAUGCCGCUCGCUGGGUCUCCAGGUGGGGCAAUAACGCUCAUCGGAGGCGAUAUACCCGCAAGCGCAACUUUCUCAGUAGAACAAACGACAACGACAACACCUGCGCCAGGUUUUCUUGCUGCACAAUACGGAGCCUCCAUUGUGAGGGCAGAAGACGAGAGUCUAGCUCCGCCAGGCGCUGCAACCUUGACAAGCACGGCGGCACCAUUUUUGGCUUCUGUGACUAGCACAACGACAUCGCCACCUGGUGUCACUGGGCUUGCUGCGUUUGCUGAGCCUGAUCCUAGUACUGCACCUGAGGCAGACGAGGGACAAAACGUCGCUCCUUCUGCUGGGCAAGAUACUGCGACGCCAGCAACGUCCGUGACGGAGCUGAGAAACGCUACUGUGCAAGCUGGCGCGGUGAGCGCAAUAAUUGUAGAGGUUACACGAGCUCUUGCAGAAACCAUGGCUGCUGAGGAAGAAAAUAUAACCUCUUCUGAUGACGAUCUUCCUAUUCGUCAACGCGGAAAUAAUGUCAACGAUAACAAUAGAUCAUCAACAACAUUUCGUAACACAAGCGGAACAGCAGCCUCUGGCGCGAUGCUUCCACCUCUCACUUCGUCAACGGCAGCUGACGGCGUCUUUUUGCCGCCUUUGCGUUCGACCACUGCCACGCGAGAGGUAUUCUCAGGGUCGGGUGGAAGCGCCGUAGACGCACACGGUUCUUCCCCAAACGUCACCAACGGCGCUGCUGCAGACGCUAUUGGAGAGACGGAAGCUUCUGUUCAAAGAAUGGAUGAUGCGGCCACUUCAGCAGCAGUGACGGCAGGAGACAGCCUAGCUUCUGUCGCCGUUCAUGAUGAUGAGAACACUGUAAGAGAUGCAGACAUCACCUCUCCUCCCUCUGCGAUGAGUUUGCUGGCCCCUGGAAGUCCGACGUCUGCAGUGACAACACGUGAGUUCGCUAUAAUUAGUGAUCAAUUUCUUGGUAGUGGAACGCGAACGACCAACAACAGACCUAAGUCUGCAGCGGCCCUUCGUCGUCUGAGACGAACGAGAAGCGCACCAGAGCAGAGACGAAGCGGAAGUAGUGCGCGAGCCGAGAGGGAAGAAAGUCAGGAGUUCGAGCGGAAGCAUGAGACCGAGACGAAGUUGUUGGAGGCAGUGAAAAGCCAACACAUCUACACAAUCCCAGCUGCAUUCAGUAUUUUGGCUGAUAUCUCCCUCGUUGCAGUGUUUUUCACGUUCUGCGUCACUGGUAUCAACCUGUGUCGACAUCACACGCGCCAGAACGAAAUCGCGGACAUGUUUCAUCGAGUGAGUAGCUUCGCCGAAAAUGCACUAGAUGAAGAUGUUGAAGUUGGACAGACCGAGACCUCUAUCAAAAGUAGGAAACAAAGUGAAAGCCUAAAUCGUAAAAUGGUCUCAUCGACCAGAGCGAGCUCUUCUUCGAAAAGGAAGAAGAAGUCGUCCUCAGUGUCAGCAGAUAUCAAGGAAACUGCUGACCAAGAUCCCGAAGGACAGCAGACGAAUAAAGCUGCCACAUCGACGAGUUCAUCCUCAUCGUCAUCAUCCGACUCCUCCUCUCCGAGCAGCCGCGGGUCGUCGGCGACUGCACGCUUAUCUAACGUUAGCAGUUUUACAACGCUAUCGGAGCGGUUGGAGCAAAACCGCAAAGAAGAGCACUAUUUGCAUUUAGCGCUAAAACCGCACGAUUAUUCGAUUCAAGUUGUGCUCUUGCCGGUUAUCUACGCACUUUUGGCCUUUAAGAGUGUGUUGCGGAUGAGCGAACUGAUGUCCGGAACGAUGCACCAUGAUCGGAUUCAUGCAAGUGCGGUACUCGUCUGGCUCAAAUUCCUAGCUCUUCUGAACCUUGAGGCAGCACCGCAAGAAGGAACCGACUCCGCUUUACAGCUCACUGGAGCCAACCAGGAAUGUACGAUCUCAAGUGCUCUUAAAUAGCCGUA